ACACUCAUGACAGAACCCGGUCUUCCUCUGCUAGGGUCAGGUGCAACACUGCAACCAACACAACCUUAUACCACAGCCUUUGAGCAGAGACCUGCAAGCUAAACCUACAGACUCAUCCUAUAGCGACAUUGCAGGAAAACCCUUAAUUGGUGUUCAGCAUGGCCAAUCACACCAGCGUCCUGAGAUGCAUCCUGCUGCUGCUAUUGGCCGUCACUCUGGCCUCGGCUUUGAGAACAUUGGACACGAAUGAAGAGCUGGAGAAGACUGGCUUCGGGACCCCGCCCCCUCGCCACGGCCUCAAACUACUCCUCUGGUAUGUCCAGACCUGCAUCGACAACAACAUGGUGUCUCUCUGUGACCCCAGGGAGGGAGCAUACGGGUUCCAUAUGUUCAAGAACUAUAAACUGUUACUCCCCAAACUGAAAGACCAGAACCUGUACACCUACUACACCAUUGGUAACCUCCAUUCCCACGGUGCAGAGAACCUGCCCUAUGAAGUGAGGCGAUACUACGACAAGGACAACCUCCUCAGCAACCAGGACAGGGUGUUGGUGAAGUACAACCAGAACAACAAUCACAUCGACAAGAUCUACAUCUCAGAGCACUACAAGCAACGCAAGACGUACAUGAUCGGGCCCAAUCUUCUCUCCUCUCUCAGACAGCCCAGCUGGCUUGCAAUGAUAUGAUAGUAUGAAUAUCAAAUCUGUACAUUAUGCCAUUCACUGUUGUUUUUCUUGCCACAAACCUGAUGGCAUUACUAAACCUGUAAUAUGUCAACCUGA